ACCAAAUAUAGUUUAAAAUAAUUUACCUUUUUUAAACUUUUUGACAUGGGGUGGGUUCAAAACCCGCCUUGAUGAAGGGGAAAUGCACUUUUCAAUGAUUUAUAUCAUUGAGCCUUUAGGGUCAAGUGUGUUAGAGAAUGAGAAAGAAAUCAAGCAUCUGGAAUCCCUGGAAGGAGCAAAGGAGCGCCUCCGCCUCUUUCAGAUGGAUCUCCUCCACUAUGAGUCCAUCGUCGCCGCCAUCAGCGGUUGUACCGGCGUCUUUCACCUCGCCUCUCCCUGCAGCGUCGAUAAAGUUCAAGAUCCUCAGAAAGAGUUUUUGGAUCCUGCGGUUAAAGGGACCAUUAAUGUACUCACUGCUGCUAAAGAGCUCGGAGUUGGGCGUGUGGUGGUAACUUCAUCAAUCUCUGCGAUAAUGCCUAGCCCAAAGUGGCCGGCGGAUAAGGUCAAGAAUGAGGAGUGUUGGACCGAUGAGGAGUACUGCAGGCAAAAUGGAAUAUGGUAUCCACUGUCUAAGACGCUAGCAGAGAAGGCGGCAUGGGAAUUUGCAAAGGAGAAAGGAUUGGAUGUGGUGGUGGUGAAUCCAGGCACCGUGAUGGGUCCUGUUUUCUGUCCAACGCUUAAUGCUAGUAUGAUAAUGUUUUUACGCCUUCUCCAAGGCUGUGCUGAUCCAUAUGAAAAUUUUUUCAUGGGAUCUGUUCAUUUCAAAGAUGUUGCCCUGGCACAUAUUCUGGUGUAUGAGAAUAAAUCAGCUAGUGGAAGGCACUUGUGUGUUGAAGCUAUUACUCACUAUGGUGACUUUGUGGCCAAGGUUGCUGAACUUUACCCUGAAUUUAAUCUGCCAAGGUUGCCGCGGGAUACACAACCUGGACUAUUGAGGGCGCAGAAUGCAGCAAAGAAGCUGAUUGACCUGGGCUUAGAAUUUAUUCCCAUGGAGCAAAUUAUUAAGGAUUCUGUUGAGUGUUUAAAGAGCAACGGAUUUAUUUCUUGAAUGAAAAUCGGAUCCAAUACGUCCUGUUAUGUUAGUGUACUUAUGCAAGCCUUUUUUUUUAAUGGUGUUGUACUCCUAUAAGCUAUGAAGCAGUAUGAACAAUCAGACUACUAUGAGAUACGAAUAUAAUAAUAGAAAUAAAAAUAGGUAGUACCAUAAUAUGUAAAUCAUAGUAAGUGACUGUGUAAUAAACUACUUUGCUGAGGCUGAUGUGCAAAAUUUUGUAAUUUUGAUGGCAUCAGCAAGUAGCAACUGCUUCCCCUCUUCAACCGAGUAAAAAGGUGCAAAUAAG